UUCUUUUCCAUCUGGCUGUGUUGACUUUAUCACGCUGUCGGAUGCGCUGGAGGGCACCAUAAAACAGUUCGUGAUUGGAUUCCUUUCUGAGCAAACGUUUCUUCUUGUUGCGACCCUCUCCAUUCAUCGAGUAAAAUAGCGACAGCAACUGUUUAACAUGAGUGGAUUUCUUUCUAGCCAGAGAUUGGCUCUGCAACUAGCGUCUCGCCAUUUUCGUGAAGGCUACAGCGGUUUGUUCAAACACCAGUGUUUAUUAUCCAAGCACACACCUUUGCUUAAACACGAAAACCAGAUUCAAACUGGAGUUCCAAAUAUCACAAACAUCGCCACUGCUGUACCCAAAACCGAAAAUUUCGGACUUCGGGAAGAUGUUGUGAUCAGGCAAGACCUAACGGGUCUUUACAACGGCAUCCGAGAGUCUUUGAGUGAAACUCAGGCAACACUUGUACCAAUUGCUCAAUAUUAUUUCGAUGGACAGGGUAAAGCCAUUCGGCCAGUGAUUACAAUGUUAAUGGCUAAAGCCAUCAACUACCAUCUCGGAGAAAACUCACGAAAUGUGGUUGAAAAACAGAUGAAGAUAGCACAAAUUGUUGAAAUGAUUCAUACAGCCUCUUUGGUUCAUGACGACGUGGUUGAUGCGGCUGACAGUAGAAGAAACAAAUCCUCUGUCAACAAAGUUUGGGGCCAAAAAAAGUCGAUCUUAGCGGGUAAUUAUGUUGUUGGGCGUUCGAUUGAGAUAUGCACUACAAUCGAAAGCCACGAAGUAUUAAACUUGAUAACUAAGAUUGUUUCUGAAUUGGUUAGUGGAGAACUAAUGCAACUCGACGGUACCGCAAAUAAAGAGGAGUGGUUUGAUCACUACUUGGAAAAAACUUUUAAGAAAACUGCUAGUCUGAUUGCUAAUGGCUGCCAAGCAGUUUCGGUUGUCGCUGGAGCUAGCUCAGCUACGCAAACAAGCGCUUUUCAAUUUGGUCGGCAACUGGGAAUGGCAUUCCAACUGGUUGACGACUUGUUGGAUUUUGUUUCCACUUCUGCGCAACUGGGGAAACCAGCAGCAGCUGAUCUACGCCUUGGACUGGCCACUGCUCCAGUUUUGUAUGCUGCACGGAAGUUUCCAGAGCUUAAUGCGCUGAUUCUAAGAAGAUUCAAAGAGACAGGAGAUGUUGAAACCGCUUUCGACUUAGUCCUUCGUUCAGACGGAUUACAGCGAACUAAAGAAUUGGCUGGCCAAUACUGCGAUGAUGCCGUGACUCAAUUAGCUCAACUAUCGCCAUCGCCUUAUCAACAGGCCUUAUUUACAUUAACCCACGAAUUAUUGAACCGGAUGAAGUAAGGAUCGAAAAAAAAAUACUAACCAAUCACAACAAUAUUCAAAUACUUCUCGUGUUGGGUAAAUUCUAUUGCGAUUUCCAUUUGUAUAAAUGAUCACCCAAAUAUUGGAGGGUGAAAUAAUCAUAUAAACGAAAUAAAUACUAAUAAAGUGAACGAAUACAAAACUAAGCAAAAUCGUAAA